GACGAAACCGGAGAGGAGAAUGACUUCCCCGAAUUUACCACCGCCGAGCCCUCUCAAUCUCCCUGAACCAGAACGGGGGGCACUCGCUUCACCGAGACUCGGACGACCCCCGUCUCCUCUCCGGAAUGGUUUCACCGCGGACGAAAGUUUCUCGGACGAUGAAGAAGAAGACAAUGAUAGGACCUGGGGCCGCUCGUCGCGUCGCUCGCACUCGCCAACACCGUCCAUCACCAAGUUCGCCGCGAAUUUCGCGCAGCGGGUCAAUUCCUUCGUUAACAACAUGAAUCCCCGGUCACCUAACAUGCUUCCCAGCGAAGCUGAACUUGAAGCUGAAGCAGAACGGGAACGCGAGAGGAGCCGCCGCGAGGCUGAACGGAUUCUCAUUCAGGAAGCGGAGGAGAGGAGGCUCGUCGAAGACCGCGUCCUGGCUAUGCUGCAGAAUCAGCGUGCUUCACCCGUGCCCUCUCCCAGCCGUUCCCAGUCUUUGCCUACUCCGCCUUCUCCGUCGACAUCCAGUAAGGAAGGUGGGUCUAAUUGGUGGGCAGCUGCUAAGAACAAGUUGACUCCCACCAAAGAGUCGCUUACGCCGGCCCAGCAACUCGUGAAGGAAACUAAAGCACGCGAGAAGGAGGAGAAGGCUAAGGAGAAGGAACGCCGCAAGAGUCAAGACUGGCCUUCUAACAGCCAGACUAAGUAUGCUGAUCCUUCGUUUCGGAAUCUGGUCCAUCCGACUACUCCUCUCCAGCCGCCUAGACCAUUAUCAGCUGCCCCUAGUACACCGCCCAGUUUGGCCGCAUCACCUAUGCGCACAUCUGAAGGAAGGGAUUCACCGCAUAAAGAGGCGCCUCCUUUGUAUGCGCAGUUCGACUCGCAGGGAGCACUUGAUGUUCAAGGAACAUUACUCGUCAUUGCCAAACGUUUUGAGAAACUAGAAAGGUGGACAGUUGGCCAUGUCCGUGCCCUCGAAGAACGGAUGGGUGAUGUCGAGAAGUGGCUUGUAGACAAGGAGAAGGAGAGGGAAGAAAAGGAGGCUUCGUCGACAUCUGCGCCUGCUGACCAUCCCGAGCCGCGCGCUGAACCUGAUUCUGCUGAGCUCUCGGAACUACGGGAAGAACUUGCGGAAGUGCAAGGCCGCAUCGGCGAGCUCGGACGCGAAAUCGCCAAGCUUGCUACCGCUCCCGCCAAUCUUUCUUCAGUCGCCUCUCGCAACUCCACAUCUUCCAUGGCACGGGCGCCUUCAGCCAGCUCCUCAUACGCAGUCCGUCAUCUACAAACUCCGUCAAGAGGCCGAGAGUCCACCAGUCCUCCCGUCAGCGGGCAGUCGGCCUCCCGGACGCGGCUGCCUUACCCAACGGGUGAUUACGCCAGCCCGCCGGAUUCCGGGCUCCUCAGCCAGGGUAUAUUUUCUCCGGCAAGCUCUCCGCCGGCGUCGCUGAGCUCGAACACGCGAGCACAGACGGUCACGAUAUCCGGCCUGCCUAUGUCGGCUGAGAUUCAGAACACUUCUACGACAGGUUUGCCUAGGUCUACGUCUCCGAUGGACCUUACUAACAGUCCCGGCGCGGAUCCUCUACCGGCCCCACGCAUGCCGGCUGCGAGGUCCUCCAGUGUGAGCCCUACCCCAAGGAAGAGGUACACGGUUGCAUUGGGCGAGCCGGUCGUCUCCCGUUCGGACGCUGAGAGACCGUCGACGCCCGCUCAGCAAACGGGCACUGCGUAUUUCUCAUCGGCUGUUGUGGACACGCCCACGAGCACGGACGAGGAGGAGGAAGAAGAAGAAGACGAUGACGGGUUCCACGACGAGACCAUCGGCAAGUCCGCACGGUUCUCGCUCAACUCGAAGCUCAAGGGCGGGUCGCCGUCGCCCAGCAAUCCGCGGUUACGCGCGCAGUCCACGUACGGGCUGUCGUCCAUCGCAGCUGCCUCGCCAAACACCCCGCUGCACUCACGCAUGCGCUCGCGCUCGACGGACAUGCGGUUCGGGCUGGGGAUCAGCAUGGACGGGUCGGCGAAGUUCGUCGACCCUCUGGUGAUUAGGAAGCAGGAGAAGGAGGCGACGUCGAAGGUUGUCCCGCCCAAGGUGACCGCGGGGAAGAAGGUCCCUGUGCGCGAGCUUGCGGCGUUUUUCGACGGGGAGAAGCGGUGAUGACGGAGGUUAUUGGUGAAGCCUCGCUCACGUUUGAUUAUAGCUAUGACACUCUUCGUUCUUGCAGUACCCCAUGGCCAAGUUUUGGUCUUACCUCGUAUACCACAUAGUAGCUACCCUUUGAUCAUGAUGCUUCUUUUACUAAUCAGUAUUGAAUGCUUUUGUUGCACGCCCAUCUCAUGUUUUGAUGCCCGUCUGUAUCAGAUAUACCGUUCUGAGCUUGCCUACCAUCAUUUGCGCAUUUUUUGGAGACUGUCCCGUCUGCUGUAUACC